GGCGCGGGUAAAAUUUAUUUUACAUAACGUAUCAUCCACUUGGAAUUUGUGGCUGGGACGACGGGUCAAGAACAAAGAGAAUAAAAAUGUAAACAAGAAAAAUGGCGUCUCGAGGGCCACCCCGAAGCUUUCUUUCGUUUUUUACUCGCUCCACGUCGGAAUGAAAGUGAAAGAUGUCAAGGACGAUGGGACGCAUUCAGACAAGGUCACACUCGUGGAAGAGGUUGAUGAACGGCUUCCAUUGGUCCGAAAAUAGUGGGCGACAGGUGAGAGCACCUGAAAUUAGAGAAAAUCGAAUUUUCUACGUCACACGCGCCUGUGCGAAUGCCCAUCACUCUGGCACAGGCGCUUCGCCGGGAGUGACGUCACAAGGGGGAUGAAAUCAUUGGGGUUGUCUCGUGUGAUACGGGUUAGUGGAGCACGGGCGAGGGUCCGGGUCAUGAGUACUCGUGGCGAUAGUCUGGCCCACCACUCGGUGACAGUUCAUUCGGGAAAUAUGGGGGAUUAGAGGGUGAUUUUAGUGGUGGACAGGGGCCAAAGGUGGAGUAGAGGAAUUAAUAUAUAGGUUGAUUCGUGGGGGAUUUCCCUGAUGGCCCUCAUCAAGUGCUGUUUUGAGGUCGAGGCGCCGGAGGUCCUGGAGAGUGUUGUCAGGAAGUGCACUGAUCCUGGAUGCUGCUGCUGGUGCUGCUCGGCACUGAGGCCAAGGUACAAGAGACUGGUUGACAAUAUUUUUCCCGUUAAUCCACAGGAUGGACUGGUCAAAAAUAACAUGGAGAAAUUGACCUUCUACUCGCUGAGUAGCCCUGAAAAAUUAGAUAGAAUCGGUGAAUAUUUAUUUCAGCGUGCUUCCAGGGAUAUCUAUAGGCGCCGAAAUGGCUUUGUUAUCAUCGCCAUGGAGGCCAUGGAUCAAUUGUUGCUGGCCUGCCACGCGCAAACGUUGAACUUGUUCGUUGAGAGUUUUUUAAAGAUGAUACAGAAACUCUUGGAGUCGACAGAUCCCCAGCUCCAGAUAAUGGCGACCCAAUCUUUUGUUAGAUUUGCCAACAUCGAGGAGGACACGCCGUCUUAUCACACACGUUACGAUUUCUUUGUAUCAAAGUUCUCUGCAAUGUGCCACGCCAACCACGACGACCUGGCAAUACGCAAGCAGAUUCGACUCGCCGGCAUACAGGGGCUGCAGGGUGUCGUGAGAAAAACGUUGAGCGAUGAUCUUGUGGAGAAUAUUUGGGAAUCUAUUCACAUGGAUAAAAUAGUACCAUCUUUGUUGUACAAUAUGCAGAAUUCAAGAUAUGUUGAUAAGGAAGGUACAACACCAGACAGUCCAACUGAAGAGCGCUCUGACCCGCCCCAGUUUGCAGAGACUUGCAUGCGAGAAUUAGUGGGUCGUGCAUCAUUCGGCCACAUUCGCUGUGUCAUCAGACCCGUUCUGAGGCACUUAGACAAUCAUCAAUUAUGGGUUCCCAAUUAUUUUGCCAUUCACACAUUUAGGAUAAUUAUGUUUUCAAUCCAAUCCCAAUACUCGUACACAGUAGUCGAGGCCCUGAUGACGCACCUCGACGAGAACUCCAAGUCCUCUCCAAAAAUUCGCACAAGUAUCGCCGAUACCCUCUCUAAGAUAAUAUCGAUCGCGGCAGGCGAGAGUGUGGGUCCCUCAGUCCUGGAAAUAAUAAACUCCCUGCUGUCGCACCUGCGUAUAUCAGUAACACGAAACCAGCAAUCAAGCCCAGACGAGCAGCUGUACCAGGAGGCCCUGAUAAACGCUCUGGGAGAGUUCGCUAAUCACCUCCCCGAUUACCAGAAGAUUGAGAUCAUGAUGUUCAUAAUGAGCAAGGUCCCCUACAGCCAGCCAGACCGUCUGGUAUCAGUAGCAAAGGGGGACGUACUCCUACAGAGUAUUCUCUUGAAAUCCCUCUUGAAAGUUGGCUCGAAAUAUCAAACAAUCCACCUAAACACGACAUUCCCCCCUAGCUUCUUGGAUCCCCUCCUCCGAAUGUCCCUGGCAGCUGACGCUGAGAUGCGUCUCCUGGUUCAGAAGAUCUUCCACACGUUGAUAGAUCGCCACCACAACAUCGACAAGCUCGCGAAGCCCUCGAUAAGCCCCUUGGAGCUGGACCUGGCGAUCGAGAAGUCCUCUCGUCCAGACGUCAUUUUCAUCAGGAAACACGGACCCGAGAUCUACCUAGCUCUCUACGAAUCCCUGGAGUUCCCCAGCAACACAGUCGAGAAUAUCGAAGCUAUCUACACAACACUCGCUCUUCUGAUCGUCGAACUAGCUUCUGAGGACACUGUUCUGGAGCAGCUGAGACUGGUCCUGAGCCUCCAGGACUUGGCACUAACCAGCAGUCAAAUUAGCAGUGCCCUCAAGUUCAAUCUUCACGCCAUCGUCAUCAGCCUUCUCAUGCUGAUAGCUCACGUCUGCAAUAUUGGUAGCUUGCUGGAGUACAGCAUGAAGAUCGUGGAGACCAGACGGACGGAGGCGAUCCAUCUGCUGCCUGAACUGAGGGCCCAGUAUGUGGGAGACUUCCAGAGGGUAACUGGGGUGGUUCUGGUGGAUCAGGCACUGGUCACGGAGUGCCUGAAGACCGCUGGCUUGGACACCGUCAAGUUGCAACAGGGAUCUGGCUACAGCAACGCAUCGCUGCAGCACAGGCACUCGUGGGUCGACAGCGCUGGAAGGAACUCCAUUGCUGAUAUCAAUGCUGGGACUACCGAGUUGGACAGUGGAGGCAGCUCACCCGGGGUCUCCCGGAAGCUUGUAGAGGAGCUCACCUUCGAGAGUAUGAAGAAAAUUCUCACAGAGAGCAACAAUAAUCUGGGUGUUGAGGUGGAAAGAAGGGCACAACUGUCUGAGUAUUUCAGAAAUGCGACCUUCCAGGAUUUAGUCUCCAAGACACAGCCUAAGGGCGAUGUGCUCCAGAGCAAAUUGUCAGAUAUCUUUAAUUCUCUCACCAUGGAGGGGAGGAAUGUUGCGGUGCAGAGUGUGCAGGUGGAGAAUAAGGUCAAUGUGCCCAGUUAUGAGGUGCAUUUUCCCGAGUUAUUUGUUUAUUGAGGGAGAAAGGGCAAUAUUAUUGACACAGGGAUCUGUUUUGUUCUAACUUAAUAAAAUUAUUUCACUGGAGAAGUAAAACGUGAUGACAGGGGGAGCAUUGAAGAGGAGGGUUUUUUUUUAUCUUAUUGAUUGGAGUUGUCUCGAUAUUUACGGGCUUUGAGGGCCAAUGUUGGGAGGUGUUUUUCGUGGAGAGCUCUGUUGGCUGGGAAAUUUGUUUUUAGAUUUUUAGACAGGAACAGUUGUUCUGCGAGAAUGUAAAUACUAGGUUUUGAUGGGAAAAAAAUAAUUUUCGACAUUUUUGCUGAUUGCGUUAUGGAGAAGGGGAUCUAGGCGUCUUGGAAGUGGAGAGAUAAUCCUUGCUGGGGAGUUAUCCCUCUGGAAGUCUCUUGACAUUUGUUUUGAUGGCAUUUAUAGGAUAAUGAGAAUUUUGGGGGAAAGGAGAAAUUCAGAGGAUACUUCGGUGAUGGAUUUCGUUGGCUGUUGGUUUUUUUUUUCUCCCCGCAUCACAAGUUCCAGAGAAAAAAUCGCAAUGAAUAUCGUACCAUCGAUUUACCACGUUUUACUAAUUCCCUGACAACGUAUUAAUUUUUUUUAUUCUACAAUUUAUGCACAAUUCCGAGGUAUUUUUGUAUUAAUACCUUUAUGUUCAUAUUCGAUCAGGUAUUACGCUUAACACGACAGAUAAUGCUAUUUAUUCGUUGUUUAUUUUUGUGCUGAAGUAUUGUGAGGUAAUAAAGUUUAUUGGAGAAAUUA